GAAUUAAAAAAUAAAAAUAAUUAAUAAAAAAUUAUAAAUAAAAAUAAUUUUAAAGAUGAUAUCAACCAGCGCUUCUCAUCCCAUCAUCGCGCCGGGCUUGCGUCCAGUACAGGAUGGCCCAGUCUCAAGGCCACGCGCUGUCUACAGCAUCGAUCAGAUUCUGGGUACACAAACAAAGCGAAGAGAUUCCACCGAGUCAUCGCACCCGUUACAUAUUUUACACAACAACAAUAACAACAACCACAUGAACAGUCAUAAUCUUAGCAAUAACUCCAGUAACGGUAGUAAUGGUAGCAAUAAUAAUUUAAAUAUGAAUUCAUUACAUCAUAAUCAUCAUUUAAAUCAACGUGAUGAAUCGCCCACAAAUAUGGAAAAUGGACUCGAUGUGGAUAAUGAUGAUGAGCUGUCAAAUAGUCUGAAUAACGGUCACGAUUUAGGCGAUAUGGAGCGGCCGCGUAAAGUGCGAAGAUCACGCACAACAUUCACAACAUUUCAAUUGCAUCAAUUGGAGCGCGCCUUCGAGAAGACACAAUAUCCGGAUGUAUUUACAAGGGAGGAUCUCGCGAUGCGUUUGGAUUUGAGCGAAGCACGUGUACAGGUGUGGUUUCAAAAUCGACGUGCUAAAUGGCGUAAACGCGAGAAAUUUAUGAAUCAAGAUAAAAACGGAUAUUUGUUACCCGAUCAAGGUUUGCCCGACUUCCCACUUGGCAUACCCCUACCACAUGGCCUUCCCGGUCAUCCGGCCACUCUGCCACCAGAGUUCUGGCCACCACAUUUCGCCUUGCAUCAACAUUUCAAUCCUGCCCUACUACCACCCAGCCUUGUUCCACACUACAAAUUGCCCAACUUCCAUACACUGCUCUCCCAGUAUAUGGGUUUGAGUAAUUUGAAUGGUAUUUUUGCUGCUGGCUAUCCGCAGAAUUUGUCAUUGCAUUCUGCCGCACAAGUGAGUCCGCCUUGCAGCAAUAGUCCGCGUGACAGUCCACCCACCCAAACGCAGGCCGCUCAACCUACGCUCGUCUCGUUAGUACCCACGUCUAUGGGGUUGAGUGCUGCGGGUGGUGGUGUAACGUACACUUCGUCUGCGGCGGCUUCGCCCAAGAGUCCAAUGGCGCCGAGUGUGGCAAGCAGCGCGUCAACGCCCGUUUCGGUGGUGACCAAAAGUGAGGAAUAAAUUUUUGGUUGAGAACACUGCUGGCAGGUGAUGGUGUUGGUGGUUAAAGUUUAUUAGUCGUGCAGUCAAAGUGGAACGUGUUACGUGCGUGGAGUUGUACAUACAUACAUACAAACACAUAUAUGGAUAUGUUGUAAGCAGUUGUGCCACUGUGCAUAAGUAUUUUGAGUGCUAAAAUAUGUAAUUUGUAAAAAAUUCAAUAAAAUAGUCAAGAAAUAAUUUAUAGUAUAUACGAGUAAAUACAUAACUGUAUAGCAUAACAUAAGCAUGUAGUUGCAGGAUUGAUAAGUUUUAGCAGUAGGAUGUUAAGUGAACAUAAAACAUUUGUUUAAGUAUUACUCUUCAUGAUUUGGGAUCGAAUUUAUAAACUAAGGACAUAUUACAAAAAUAAAAAAAAAAUGAAAAAAAUAUGAAAAAAUAUGUAUGUAGGGAAGCGGCUUUGGUAUUGUAAUUUUUGGAAGAUUUCAACACAUUGGGUGUUAUGUAAGCGGAAAAGUAUCUUAGAUUGUUGAAAGUUUUUUAAGACUUGAGUGUAUUUUAUUAUUUGCUCUCCUUCCGAUGUGAUUUAUUUGUUUCAUAAUAUGUUUAAUUACGUUAUUCGCUGCCAAACACGCGUUUCAAGAACAACAUCAUUGAAGCAGUGAUAAAUUGUAAAAGAGAUUUGAGGAUAUGUUUCUUAGGUUAUAGUUAUUAAAAAUCAUUUUAGAAAUUAUCCACUAUAAGACUACUAAAUAAAAUAUAAAAUUUAAAAAUUUA